AUGAGUGCUCCACCUCUUCCAAAUAUUCUACCCUGGAACAUCCCCCAGAAUCCAUCAACGGAUGGUGAGGAGCCGGUCCCCGCUCCACCAGUCAUAAGACCUCUACCGCCAUUCCAGCCUCCACCAAUAACCUGGCCGCCAAUAUGGUUCAGGUGGUUGAACCAAGGUGCAUGGCUCGUCAAUCUCGAGCCUGCUGCUAGUGGCGGGCAGAAUUAUGAUGGUACCAUACGUAUCGAAGUCAACUCUGAAGGGCGCACAGCAAGCGGGGAUCUUUACCAAAGACCUCGCGUUUUGAUUAACCUCCCCGGGUUCCCUCGACGCUGGCUCAAUCUCCCCGCCCCUAACCCGGCCUCUGGCAUCCCAAUUCUCGCUAGAAGCAACUACCGGACUUCAUUCACACUUGGAUUCCAAAAGUUCAAGUAUGUCCAAACCAACAAGACUACCUUUAGUUUCACUCAGGAGCCCGUUGAUGGUGGCUAUACUGCUACGAUGAAGUGGACGACUGCACCAGCUGGAUACCCAUAUCCUGGUGACUACGCAGAAGGCGAUGUCGUCUCAGACAAAACAGGACAAGUCGAGUUUAGGUUGAAGAUGGGGCGUGUCUCGCAAUUCUAUCGUAAGUUCACAGUCGAAAUGGAUAACGUCCCUGGCUCUGAAAGGCCGUUGGAUAAUGGCGGCGUUGUUGGUCAGAACUUUGAGGAUUGGAACUCAGUGUUUGGUCGAGUCGGAUUUGAGGUUAAGGUGGUUGAAAGUGAUGGUGACAUUGUUGAUACUGAGGACGGGUAUUGGUCCCUAACCCAAUCUCACCAAACAAUGUUGGCAAGGAGGGAUGCGUCCAAUUUGGAUACCGAGUGGCGCUACUAUCUGCUUGCCACAAAAUUUAAUACUGUGAAUGCCUUUGGGGUAAUGUUCGACAACUCCGCUACUGAUUCAAACAAUAUCCCUCGUGAAGGUCUCCAAGUCAGCUCUCACGUCGUAACCGGCUUUCAAGAAGGGUGGGGCGAAUGGAAAGACUCACGAUAUGGUACAAUCAAGGGUGCAUACUUCCGUACUGCACUCCAUGAGCUCGGGCAUGCCUUUGGCCUUCUCCAUAACGAUGAUGGUGGCGACGGAGAGCCACCAGUUCUCGACUUUUCAUUCAUGAAUCAGACUGGAAGGGCUAUUAACCGCUCCACGGCGGCCAGUCCUCUUUCUAAGAACAUUAAAUGGAACCACGCCGAUAGGAAUCUGUUCCAAAUCCGCCAUUGGCCCGACGUUUUUGUUAGACCUGGUGGAGUCGACUUUGGAUAUGCUUCAAACACUACGCCACCCAUUACACCACCUGAUUCAGAUACUGAAUAUGAACAUCCAGAGUUGGUAUUCAAGGUUGAGCCUAUCAAAGACCAUUCCGAGGUGCCACUUGGAGCACCAGUCCGUGUCAACCUCACUCUCACAAACACAGGCGAGCAGCCAGUUAAUGUCCCCGCAGAUAUCAGUCUCAAAUCGCAUACUCUCUCAGGACAAGUCACCGACCCAACCGGAAAAAUCUGCAUUUUCCACACACUCUUUUACCUUGACCGCGAGGAAGAGAUCAAAAAUCUCAAGCCCGGCGAGAGUGUCACCUCGUCUCUUACUCUUCUCCGUGGUGGACAAGGUGCCUUGUUCCCUCUGGCUGGUGUCCAUAAGAUAGGUGUUAAGUUGAGCUGGAGCUUUGAUGAGGAUUUGCCUCUUUGGGUCGCUCUCGCAGAGACUACAAUCUUAGUCACUCCUCCAUUGGACAAAUCUCAUGCUGCUGCAGCCCAUAAACUUCUUACCACCCCAGAUGCUCAUUUAGUUCUUGUGCUUGGUGGUGAUUACUUGGAAGAUGGUGUCGCUGCUAUUCAGCAAGCUUUGGAGGAUGAAACUUUGCGGAAGCACUUCGCUGGUACUGAAGCGAAGAGAGUAUUGAAGCGGCGAAAUCCAGAUUUUGAGCAAGCGACGAAUUUGGUAUCUGAGGAUAAUAUCGUUUUGAGUGAUGCCGAAAGGGCGAAAUUUAGGAGACUGGGCGUCGACUCCUUUGAGGGCUAG